AAGUCCAAGUGUGCCGUCCCCCCCGGAGACGCCCGCGCGACUCCCCUGCAAAGUUUUCCCGGCCUCGCGCGCCCCCGGCCCUGGCACCCACCUGGGGAGCCACAGUGGGCCGGGCCACGCGGCCGCCGCCUCCCACCCCUCCCGCGCCCGCGCCCGCCCCCGCCCCCGGCACGUCUCCUCCGGGCGGGCGCCGCGGCGGGCUCAGUCCUCGGCGGGGCGCGUGGUGGGUGGACUGGGCUCCGCUGUGCACCAUGGCCCGGGCCCUGUGCCGCCUCCCGCGGCGCUGCCUCUGGCUGCUCCUGGCCCAUCACCUCUUCAUGGCCACUGCCUGCCAGGAGGCUGACUACGGUGCCCUCCUCCAGAAACUCUGCCUCACCCAGUUCCAGGUGGACAUGGAGGCCGUCGGGGAGACGCUGUGGUGUGACUGGGGCAAGACCAUCCGGAGCUACAGGGAUCUGGCCGACUGCACCUGGCAGGUGACUGAGAAACUGGGCUGCUUCUGGCCCAACGCAGAGGUGGACAGGUUCUUCCUGGCAGUGCACGGGCACUACUUCAGGAGCUGCCCCGUCUCAGGCAGGGCCGUGCGGGACCCGCCCAGCAGCAUCCUCUACCCUUUCGUCGUGGUCCCCAUCGUGGUGACCCUGCUGGUGACGGCGCUGGUGGUCUGGCAGAGCAAGCGCACAGAGGGCAUCGUGUAGGCGGCACCCAGGCUGCCCGCAGGUGCACCCAGCCUGCAGGGUGAGGCCAGGCAGGCCUGGGCAGGGAAGCUUCUGGGGCCUUGGGACAUAGCAGGCCUGCAAUGCCCCUCUUCCUCCAGCCGAGAAGAGUUCACAGGAGUCAAGAGUACUCGAGGCUCUGGCAUUAACUUGGAAGUCCCCCUGGCUGGAGGCCACCUCCAGGGACCUCUAGGAAGGGGGCAGGGACGUGAGCCUGACUUACCUCUGGGAAGGUCCCAGCCCAGACUGCUUACCCCAUAGCUGCGUUUGUAGAUGAAUGGUGUAUGAUUAAAAGGAUAUUCUUGAA